CUCAGGUGACUUGGCUUUUCUCAGCACCAAGUUUCUAAAACCUCUUUGUAGUCGGUCUGAUCCAACCAAAAACAAAAGAAACUCAGUCUGAAAGUGUCCAGGCUGGACCAGAAACCACAGCAACACUGGAGUCUGAAAAAUGUUUAAUAUGAAGGAUCAAACUUCAUUUUCCUGCUCUGUGAAUUGUCCUGCUGGAUUUACUACAAAGGAUGCUGCUGUCUCCAAGGACUGAAGCUUGCACAGCAGCAGCAUGAACAGUCUUCAUGUCCUCCCAGGGACACUCAUCAGGACGUCUGAUCCUUAAAAGAGAGGGUAGUUAACGUCUCUUCUUCCCUGAGAGAUGUCGGACCUCAGCCAGGUCUCUGUAUACAGCGACUCCUCUGACUUUUAUAAGUUCCAUUUUCCUUCUCCUGCUGCUCCCAGAAUGUGUUUUUUAACCCCACCUUUGAGCUGGAGGGGGAGCGAGAAGAGAGGGUGGAAGGAUUCAGGAUUUCUUCCUGCACCCCUGAGCCCAUCAAGCCACCAGCAGCCAGCCCAGGCUGUGGGGUUUUUGAAGCGUGUGUGAUGCGUCUGUGGGGACCAGGUCGUGGCUUGGGGGUGGUGGUGAUCUCUGCUGUAGCCCUGCUCCUGGUAGCUGCUCUGGGACUGGCCCUGGCCCUCAUUCUGACUCAGAUGAAAGGCCAGACCCUGGAGGACCAGUCACUGACCACAGCUGCUCCUGACCUGCAAAGUGCUGAACACAAAGCAUCCCAGAUGUCACCAACGGUCCCUUUGUUCAGAGGUCAGAUGGUCAGCACAGUUUCACCACAUUCUGCCACAACCCCCCCAACUGAAACACGUUGUGGGGGGGUUCUGAAUGACUCGGUGGGCAGCUUCAGCUCCCCAAACCACCCAGGCUCCUACCCUCCUAACUCCCUGUGUGUGUGGGUGAUCCGUGUCCCGGCUCCAUACCUGGUCCAGAUUCGUGUUUCCUCUCUUGCAGUGGAGGGGCCGUCUCCUUGUCUGUUUGACUGGUUGGGUGUCCAGGAGCAGACCGAGCAGCGCACAGUGGUCAGCAGGUUUUGUGGCAACGUUGCUCCACCAACAGUUAACUCCAACAGCAGCACAGUGUGGGUCACCUUCCGCUCUGACGCCAGCAUCACAGGCAACGGCUUUGCUGCACAGUACAGAGCUGUGCUCCCCAGGCACAAGAGCUGCACCAGAGAAGAGUUCAUGUGUGACGGCGGCCGCUGUCUGCUGCCUGUGUCUGUGUGUGACGGACACCCAAACUGCGACGAUCAACAGGAUGAAGCAAACUGCAGCCACAAGCACAAGGAGUGUGGAGGCCAGACCUUUGGGCCGUACGGUUCCCUGGCGAGUCCAAAUCACCCCAAGCCUUAUCCUCACCAACAGUUGUGUACAUGGCACAUAGCAGUUGACAAAGGUCAUGUCAUCACGCUGAGCUUCAGAAACUUCAGCCUGGAGACUCAGGAUGUGUGUGAGUUUGACUACGUGGAGGUUCACGACAGCAGCAAUGCUGAAGCUGGACGGCUCUUGGGGAGAUUUUGCGGAACCACCAUCCCACCAGACCUGACCUCCUCUGGCUCUCACAUGACAGUGGUGUUUGUGGCCGAUGAGGGUGUGGCAGACAGCGGUUUCAGCGCCACAUACCAGGCUGUUUUUGUUACGGACAUACUGGGAGGCUGUGGUGUUUCUAAAGGGACGUGUGAGCCGGACCAGUUUGCCUGCGGGUCUGGAGAGUGCUUCCAGCAGCAGUGGCAGUGUGAUGGGUGGAACGACUGUCCCGAUGGAGCUGACGAGACGGGUUGUAGCAACUCCACCUACCCUCCUUUCACCUCGCCGUGUGAGAUCAUCGAGGUGGAGAUGUGUCAGGGUCUCAGCUACAACCUGACAUCCUUCCCUAACAUCUGGCUCUCCAUUGUUGACCAGAGAGAAGCCGCCACACUCCUGCGGCAGUAUCGGGUGCUGAUGGAGUUGGUGUGCUUCAGGCCUCUGCAGAGGCUGGUUUGUGGGAUGUUUCUUCCACAGUGCAGCCCUCAUGGGGGUGUCCUCCAGCCCUGCCGCUCUGUCUGCUCUUCUGCAGAACAGCAGUGCAGCCAAGCCCUGGACCUCUUCUCCUUCAGCUGGCCAUUCAACUGCCAUCUUCUACCUGACUCUCAAGAUCCACUGGAGUGUUCUGAGCCCUAAAGUUCCCCCUGUGCUACAAGGGAUCACCAGAUCUGUUUCCACUGAUUUUGGCCAACCCCUAAAUAAAGAACCAGUUCAAACAAGCAGUUUUCUUGUGGAUG